AUGUUACCAUUCAGCGCGCCUGAUCAGGCGCUAGCUCCCAUCCGGCGUAUAUGCUGUGUGGGAGCAGGUUACGUAGGAGGACCGACGUGUACGGUCAUAGCCCUCAACUGCCCAUCCAUCAUCGUUACCAUCGUCGAUGUCAAUCCUGACCGUAUUGCAGCUUGGAACAGUCCUCCGGACGAGGAGGGCAACCUGUCAAAUUUGCCAGUCUACGAGCCUGGGUUGGCAGAAGUGGUCAAGCAGUGCAGAGGCAGAAACUUGUUCUUCAGCACUGAUAUCGAUGCAGCCAUAGAACAAGCUGACUUGGUCUUCGUCAGCGUCAAUACACCUACCAAAAAGAGCGGAAUGGGUGCCGGCUUUGCAGCCGAUCUGCACUAUGUUGAGGCGUCUACACGCCGCAUUGCUGCAGUGUCUACUUCCUCCAAAAUCAUUGUAGAGAAGUCGACUGUGCCAUGUCGAACGGCCGCGUCUAUGCGUACCAUCUUGGAGUCCAACAGUCGACCUGGACUUCGUUUUGAUAUUCUCUCCAAUCCAGAAUUCUUGGCAGAAGGAACUGCGAUCUCCGAUCUGCAGAAUCCUGAUAGAGUGCUGAUUGGCAGCUUGGACACGAGUGCAGGUCGAAUUGCUGCCGCUCGCCUGGCCUCCGUCUAUGAGCAUUGGGUGCCUCAAUACCGAAUCUACACAACGGGUCUGUGGAGCUCUGAGCUCAGCAAGCUGGCGGCCAAUGCUCUCCUUGCGCAGCGCAUCUCCUCCGUCAAUGCCAUGGCUGCCAUUUGCGAGGCGACUGGGGCGGACGUCAACGAAGUUGCCCAUGCGUGCGGUCUGGAUGCUCGUAUCGGACCCAAAUUUCUGCGAGCCAGCGUAGGAUUCGGCGGUUCUUGCUUCCAAAAGGAUAUUCUUAACCUCGUCUACCUCAGCGAGUCUCUCAACCUGCCUCAAGUUGCCGAGUAUUGGAAGCAGGUCAUUACGAUGAACGAAUGGUCCAAAACUCGGUUCUCAAACAAGGUGGUGAGCACCCUCUUCAACACCAUCACCGAGAAGCGCAUAGCCGUGCUCGGCUUCGCCUUCAAGAAGAACACUGGAGAUACGCGCGAAUCUGCUGCUAUCACUUUGUGCAGGAACUUUAGACAGGAGAGAGCAAAGGUGGUCAUUUACGAUCCCAAAGUUCCACAAUCUCAAAUCUAUCUCGAUCUUACCGAGCCUGGCGUGGUGGAUGACCGCGAAGCUGUGCGCCAACAGGUGACGAUUGCAUGUUCUGCCCUCGAGGCUUGUGCCGGAGCAGAGGCCGUCGUUAUCGCGACGGAAUGGGACGAAUUCAAACACUUGGACUGGAGAAAGGCAUACCAGAUCAUGUCCAAGCCCGCCUUCGUGUUUGAUGGGCGCGGCAUCGUCGAUGCCAAGGCUUUGAGAGCCAUCGGUUUCAAGGUUCACUCUGUCGGGAAGGGCCCCGAAAUCGUUGAUCCUAUCUGGAGCUGA